AUGAUCGUGUUGGCUCACUUCUCAUUUGCUGACGAAGUUUGCUCCCGCCGGGAUAGAGCCAAUCACGGACUGAGUGAACUUAUUAUGGGAAAAGUAACAAUCGCGCUCCUAACACCGGUAACUGCUGUAAGUGUAAACGAAGAGGAAAGUACGAAAAAUUUCCCCUGCUCUGGUAAAAAAAAACAACAAAGUGAAACUCAGCCUUCCUUAUUUCCCCUGGCGAUGUCCCGACGUUCCCGGUUCUACCCCGGAAAUGGAAAAUAUUGCGAUAAGGCGCAUUAUAGAUUAAACACGUCUCGCGACUUUAAUGCGUUAUUCUGUGAUCAAGCGGUCUCAAUAUCGUGUGUGGAAGAAGUUCUAAUGAUGUUAGGAGAAAAUAAUGGCUGA